AUGGCGUCAGGGCUACGCGGCGGUGUGUCUCCCUCCGUGCCCGCCGCUCAGCCCUACUACAACGACAUUGCUAGCAUCCGAGAUCUGUCCACUAUGCCCUUGACGCAUCAACUCCCUUCUCACUCCCGCGCCCAGACGCUGGUGGUGGACGGAACGGAGGUAGAAGUCCAGUCUGAUGUGGUCUCUGUCUCGCAGGCAGCGCCGAACUUGUGCGCUUUUCAGCAGGAGUGUCAGUCCCUUCUGGCACUGCUGAACGCUUCCUCUUGCCCUCGGCGGGUGGCACCGCCGCCGAGCAGUGCGGUUGCCCCUUCGCACAUCCUGCCUUCACCCGUCGCGGACGUUGAUGCCACCGGCGCCCUGGCGCCUGCCGUUCGCCAGGAAAGGCAGCCGGUGACACUCCCGGUAGCUCGUGCGCCUGCAUCGACCUUAUCCUCCCCGGAGGAGUCGCCACCAUCGCCAUCUGUGGUUUCAGAAAGGGUGGGUGUGGGUGUGACUGCAGCGGCUCCUGCGCAUUCAACAACGUACGCGCAGCUGAUGCAGGAGGUGGACGAUCUUGCCAGCCUGUUGAACGAAGAGGAGGAGGGCCUUCGGGGGCAGCAAAGCGUGGCGUCUUGCCAACAUAGCGAAGCCGGAGCUACACCAGCACACGGAGUUCGGGGUGAUUACGCGGCUCCCAUCGCACCCCUGCCAUCUGUGGAGGUGACGAGCUCGCUGGCGGACACCCCUGAGAAGCAACGUCCACAGGCGGUUGAGACUCACCGACGCGAUCGAUCGCAGAACCCUUCGCUGUCCCCUCUUCUUGCUCCGAGAGCGGCUGAGUUGGGGCAUGCCCCGACGAGUCCCUUGUGGGCCGCACAGCUACUGAAGUGGAUUAUCUACCUUGUGGAGCGGCGACAAAACGCACUGCAGCGCAUCCAAGCUUUUGAGGACGCCCGCGCACCUGGCCGGCGGGGGGCGUGCGCCGGGACCGUCGCUGGAGAAGCAGCCGCUAGCACACCGCCCUCAGCGAUCCGCGUGACGGAGGGGCUGCUGCAACUGCUGCGCUCCCUCAACACGGAGACCGGUGAUGUCGAUAAGUGCACCGCUACCGAGAAACGACACAUGUGCACGCGCAUCGCCAACCUUCUGGCAGAGAUGACAGCGACGGAGGAGGAUGUGAUGGCAGAUCUCCUGAACGAUGCCGCAGCGGGGGCCACGCUGGAGCGUGAAAUCACUGUGAAGGAGUCAACCACUACUAUGUCAGCGGCACUGCCACCGUCGAGUGCUGUCUCGGAGACGUAUCGGAAGGACAUGAUGGACACCCUCACUCUCCUUGACCAAGUCUCGCAGGAGAACAGGACGCUAAAGCUGCGUGUGGAGGAGGUGCAAGGACAAGCCACACGGCUGGGCGAUGAGGUAGAGCGCGAAAGGGCGGCGAACAUGGAGCUGGGUAAGUACUUCGAUCAGCUUGCCGCAGAGAACAGCAGACUUACCGCAGAACUGAAUGAGAUGGAGGCCAAGCUGAGGCAAGCAGAGGCGGUGGCCAAAUCGGUAUCGCAGGAGGAGUUGUUGCGCAACCAACUAGACCGUCAGACGCUACACCUGCGCGAUGUGCGCGCCGAGCUGGAUGACGUGCAGGACGAGAGCAACACGCUGCGGAAGACUAUUCUGCAGCUGCGAGACGCGCUUAAGCGACACCGGGCCGUCAUUGACCUGCUGACGCGCCGCCGGCGUGAGCGAGAGCGCGCUGCUGCGGCGGCAGCGAGACGAUCCGGCAGCCGGUGCGCUCUCAGUCCGCGACUUCAAAGCCCUUCCAUGCAACGCAUCGAGGACAUCCUCUCCGGUGCCUGCGACCCGCCGUCGUCUUCAUCGUCCUCGCCGCCGUCAGAAGUGAAGUAUUCAAGCGGCGAUGAUGCUAGUGGGGACUCGGGCGUUCCCUCAUCCCUACGAUGA